AUGGCUACUUCACCUUUCCCACCUGCCAAUCACUUCUUCAAAAUGCGGCACACCAUGCAAAAAAGCCCUGUCUUCAAACUGCUACAGAAAAUGCCAAAGGGUGCAGCUCUUCACAUCCACAGCUCUGCUAUGGUGAGUGUGGAUUGGCUGGUAAUGAAUGCAACAUACAGGCCUCAUUGUUACAUUUGCUUCACGUGGGACGGGUCAGUGCAGUUCCUUUUCUCAGCCAAUACACCCUUUCUGCGAUGGGGAUGCUCUUUGUGGAAACGAUUAGAUGUGCUGAGGGCAAGUCUGAGUGAUGUCACUGCCUUUGAUAACAGUUUAAUGCGGAAUCUCACACUUUUCACGGAAGACCCGGAGACGUCUUAUCCGACACAAGAUGCAGCAUGGGACAGGUUUGAGAAGACUUUUAUCGCUCUAUCUGGGCUGAUCACAUAUGCACCUGUCUUUAAAGACUACAUCUACCAGGGUCUGAAGGAGCUUUACAAAUACAACAUCAUGUACCUGGAGCUGAGGGUUGGACAGUCCAAGGCAUAUGAACUCGAUGGCACUACCCAUGACAAAGCGUGGUCUCUGGAGGUCUACAGAAACAUCACUGAGCAGUUCAGAGCAAAUCAUCCAGAUUUCAUAGGAUCUUGUUUAAUCUUCUCUGUCCACAGGUCUCUUAGUGUGUCUCAAGUGAAGCAGGCAGUACAAGAGGCCAUUGAAAUGCAGAGAAAAUAUCCAGACAUCGUUGCUGGGUUCGACCUGGUAGGUCGUGAAGACACUGGAGGAUCUAUCUGGUACUUUCGAGAUGCCUUAUCACUCGCUUCAGAGAUUAAGACACAACUUCCUUUCUUUUUUCAUGCUGAAAGACAGAUGUGUCCUGAUUUGGAUGGUACAGAUGUGGACAGGAAUGUGUUAGAUGCUCUGCUGUUUAACACCAGCCGCAUAGGACAUGGUUUCGCACUGGUUCAUCAUCCCCUGGCCAAGCAGCUGUCCAGGAUGAGAGGGGUGGCAGUGGAGCUGUGUCCCAUUUCCAAUCAGAUGUGUCCUGGUAAAAAUUUCUAA